AUGGCUUACAGUAUUUCUAAAGAAGCUCAAUAACUUCUGUGUGAGAUCAUAAAUUAAAUAAGUCUGACCGAGAGGAGAGCAGAACAAAUAAGAAUAUAAUUAUGCAGAAAAACUAGUUUCAAUCCAUACGCUAGCUUCAAAAGAUUAGAUUUAAUGAACACUAAUUAAAUUAAACCUGAAUAGGUAGUACAACUUUUGAAAGAGAAUGAUUUCUUCGUUUAAGAGCUAAACACAUUGUUUAAUAAAACAUUUUUGAAGGAAUUUCUUAAUUAUCAAGACUUUUUAAACUUAAUUUUACCAAAAACCGAUAGUGAAUUGAGAGAGAUCACAGCUAUGAAAUAACCAACAAAAUCUGCUGUAGAAAAAUAGAUAGAUUACACAUUAGCUUAAUUAUUCAAUUUAGAAUAUAAUGAAGCUAUAAAUUUAGAAAGACUGAAAACUAGAUUAAGUAAUCAAUAUAAUGCUGAUCAAAUGUUUUAAAGUUUGGAUUCUCUAAAUAACAAUAUCCUUAAUUUUAAGGAUUUCGAUAGGUUCUUUAGAAGGAAUGGGCUGCUGUUAUAUGAGGAAGAACUGAUAGCAUUUUUUUAUAGAAUAGAUCUUCAAAGGACAGGAUAGAUUACUUUGAAUGAGUUUAGAAGAAUGUUAGAACCUCUCCAAAGAUCUGAAUAGCCAAUUUCAACAAAUACUCUAUAAACUCCAAAAUAGACAAUUUCAUAACCCAAAUUUUCUAGUACCUUUAAAGACUAAGUUGGCAGUGGUAAUAAAGCUGGACAAAUAGUAUAAACCAGAACCUUCUCAGCAAGCAAUAAAAAAAAGUUUCAAUCUACUAGAAGAACGUCAUCUAUUACAGAAAGUCUAUAAACAACAAAAUUAACAGAGAAUUUUUUAAAUGAUGAAUAAAGAUUUAUUGAUUUAGGAUUGGAAGUCUUAAAAUUGGAAAUGUAUUUAGAAGAAAUAAGAUUAAAAUUAUAAUAGUAAAAAGAUUUCAACACUAUGGAUUUUUUUCAUUUUAUGGAUUUGAAGAACAAAGGUAAAGUGAAUCAACAUGAAUUUGCGUAUUUUUUGGAACAAAUAUAACUCAAAAAUAUUGAUGUUAUUGACUUGUUUAAUUAUUUGGAUACAGAUUUAGAUGGGUUUAUUAGAUAUUCAGAUGUUUCUGAAUUUAUUUCUCCUUCAAAUAUCAGCUCAACUUACAUUUGUAAGAAACCAGCUAAAAAUAGUCAUCUCUCAUAUUCAAUCUCCUAAUUAUUCUCAAAAACUACUAUAGUAUUGAUUCAGUUGCUAUUUAAUUAGUGGAAUGCAAAUGAAAAAAUCAUUAGACAAAAAAAAAAAUAAUUCUUGAAUGAAUAAAGUCUAUAUUAAAUAUUCAAUAAACUUGAUCAAUACAAAAAAGGGAAAUUCAAUCGAUAAGAUCUUCAACGGUUUUUUGAUCUUUAUAAUGUUAAAGACGAUAUUAAAUUACUGUAUAAACGAUUGGGAAAACUCAACAAAGAGAUUAAUUAUAAGGAAUUUGAAUUAUUUUUUAUCAACUGA